AUGUGUGGAAUCUUUGCUUAUCUUAACUUUUUAACUCCAAAAACCAGGCAAGAAAUUGUAGAUAUUCUUCUACAGGGACUUGCACGGAUGGAAUAUCGUGGUUAUGAUUCUGCAGGUAUUGCUAUCGAUGGAAGCAAUGAUGUAACAAAUCCACAUGGUAAUGUUGUUACACUUCGUUCUGUAGGGAAGGUAGAUAUUCUUCGUCAGCAUAUCUAUGCAAAAGAUAACUUAGAUUUUACAAUGAAUUAUGAUGUCCAUUGUGGAAUUGCUCAUACUCGUUGGGCUACUCAUGGUAUCCCUUGUGAAGCAAAUUCCCAUCCACAACGUUCAAACUCAAAAAAUGAAUUUCUUGUUGUUCACAAUGGAAUACUAACAAAUUACCGUGAAAUUAAAGAGUACCUCAUCAGAAAAGGGUUUGAAUUUGAGAGCGAAACUGAUACUGAGAUUAUUGCUAAACUCAUUCAACAUCUUUCUGAUAGAUAUCCGAGUUUUAGUUUUAGACAACUUGUUGAAACAACAAUUCAACAGCUUGAAGGAGCUUUCGCUUUAGCUUUCAAAUCAACGAGGUUCCCUGGACAGCUCGCCGCAACAAGGCGUGGAAGUCCUUUAUUGGUUGGCAUUAAAAGUGCAUCAAAGUUAACUUCAAAUCAUUUCCCAGUAAUUUUCAGUAAAGCUCGUAAUUUGAAUUCUUCAUUGAAUGGAGUUUUAGAUUACUCAAACUUACAUGAUGGUUCUGGAUUUGAAACUCCACUUGAAUCUAGUACUCCUUUUGAUCUUAAACAGCGCCGUGAUUCUUUCAGCACUUUUAAGGCAUCUGAAAAUCCAAACUUUGAAGUUGAAUACUUUAUUGCAUCUGAUGCCAGUGCAAUAAUUGAACAUACAAAACAGGUUAUCUAUCUUGAAGACGAUGAUGUUGCUAUGAUUGCAGAUGGUUCAUUGUCAAUUCAUAGAAUUAAACGCUCUAACAGUGAACGUGAAACACCUGAGACUCGUGCCGUACAUUCUCUUAAUAUGGAACUCCAACAAAUCAUGAGAGGAUCAUACAAAACAUUUAUGCAAAAGGAGAUAUUUGAACAACCUGAGUCAGCUGUCAACACUAUGAGAGGAAGAGUUCUUGUUGAUGGAAAUAUUGUUCUUGGAGGUAUAAAAGAUUAUAUUCAAGACAUAAAAAGAUGUCGCAGAUUGAUUAUGAUUGCUUGUGGUACUUCAUAUAAUUCUGCUAUUGCUUGUCGUCAAAUUAUAGAAGAGUUAACCGAACUUCCUGUCAUUCUAGAAUUGGCUAGUGAUUUUCUUGAUAGAGAAACACCUAUCUUCAGGGAUGAUGUAUGUUUCUUUAUCUCUCAAUCAGGAGAAACUGCUGAUACUUUGAAUGCUCUAAGAUACUGUAAACCUAAAGGUGCCUUGUUAAUUGGUAUUACAAAUACUGUUGGAAGUUCAAUUUGUAGAGAAUCCCAUUGUGGUGUUCAUAUUAAUGCUGGUCCAGAAAUUGGUGUUGCCUCAACAAAAGCCUAUACAUCACAAAUUAUUUCUAUUAUAAUGUUUGCCUUAUCAUUAUCUGACGAUCGCAUUUCAUUGGUAAAAAGAAGACAGGAGAUAAUUGAUGGCCUUAGAAAUCUUCCAGAACUUAUCAAAUCAGUCUUAGAACUUGAUUCAAAAAUACUUGAAAUAGCCAAAAGUAUUUACAAAGAACAGUCUUUAUUAAUUAUGGGACGUGGUUAUAACUUUGCCACCUGCCUUGAAGGAGCUUUAAAGAUAAAAGAACUUUCAUAUAUGCAUUGUGAAGGCAUUAUGUCCGGAGAAUUAAAACAUGGUCCAUUGGCAAUGGUUGAUGAAAACAUUCCUAUUGUUAUGAUUAUUUGUAACGAUCAUGUCUUCAAGCGUUCUAUAAAUGCCCUUCAACAGGUUAAGGCAAGAAAUGGCAGACCAAUAUUGAUUGUUGAUGAUUCUGUUCCGGAAGAAUUUAUCUCCAAUUGUGACAAGGUUCUUCGCGUACCAAAAACUGUUGAUUGUCUUCAAAGUAUUCUUACCGUUAUCCCACUCCAAUUACUUUCAUAUCACAUUGCUGAGCUUAAUGGUCAUAAUGUUGAUAGACCAAGAAAUUUAGCUAAAUCAGUAACCGUUGAGUAG